AUGGAAGAAAGACGUCUACUGACGGAUGGUGAACGAAUUCUUGGUCUUGGAGAUCUGGGAGCCUAUGGUAUCGGUAUACCAGUUGGUAAGCUAGCCCUCUACGUAGCACUGGCAGGACUACACCCAGAGUGGUGUCUGCCUGUACUCAUAGAUGUCGGCACUGAUAAUCAAGCAAGUGUUGGGCUUAAUUUGCUGAACGAUCCUUUCUAUACCGGUUUACGAAGGCCACGUGUUCGUGGACCAGAAUACGAUAGUUUGCUUGAUAACUUUAUGAAAGCAUGUACAAAGAGGUUUGGUCGCGACACCCUGAUUCAAUUCGAGGACUUUGGUAAUCAGAAUGCAUAUCGCCUCCUGGAUAGGUUUAAGAAUGAUUACUGUAUGUUCAACGAUGAUAUACAAGGUACUGCUUCCGUAGUUGUAGCAGGUUUGUUAGCGACUACAAGAAUCACUAAGAAGAAGUUGUCACAGCAAAAGCUCGUGUUCUUUGGAGCAGGAGGGAUGGUAGAUGAGGGCUUAUCCGAACAAGAAGCAUGCGCCAAUAUCCACAUGAUAGACAUUGAUGGUUUGAUAACUAAGAGCCGAUCUGCUACAUUAUCAGACCGUCAUCUCCGAUUUGCUAAGGAUUUACCGGAAACAAAGAGUCUCUUGGAAGUAGUCAGAACAGUCAGACCUGGUGCUAUCAUUGGAGCAUCGACUGUGGCCGGUGCAUUCACUGAGGAGGUAAUCACUGAAAUGGCAAAGAUCAACUCAAGACCUAUCAUUUUUGCGCUUUCGAAUCCAACGAGCAAAGCUGAAUGUACGGCCGAAGCUGCGUUCCGACUUACAAAUGGUGCCGUUUUGUUUGCGUCUGGUUCACCAUUUGACAAUAUAGAAAUCGAUGGAAAGCUUUACAAACCUGGUCAAGGCAACAACGCUUACAUAUUUCCUGGAAUCGCUUUGGGAUGCGUUCUAUUCAAAGCGAAGAAAAUUCCCGACAAACUUUUCCUUUUGGCCGCACGGCGGGUAGCUGAUUCCGUUACGGAAACGUCGCUGAUGAAAUACUCUCGACUCUAUCCUCGCAUCAAAAGCAUACGGGAAUUGUCGAUUCACAUCGCUGUUGAGGUCGGUCAAUACCUUUACUCCCACAAUCUCGCUACCUUACAUCCAAAACCUGAUGACAUGUUCGAUUUGGUGGGAAUGUUGGUGAUCAAUGAUGCACAAAUGUUUGAAUCUUUGCAGGAGCUGUUCAUUCGACAACACGUCUAUUCAGUUGAAUACACAGAUUUAAUAAAUAAAACUUAUGAUUGGCCGACAAAGGACACAAAACACGGCUUCCCA